AGCAGCGGUCUCUGCCCGGCUCCCUCUGCUCCUGGAGAAGAAGCCAAAGAAGAGCAAAAUGAGCAAGAGGACCACCAGCCUGCAGCUGUGGUCACAGCAGAGCCUGAUGGUCCCAAGAGAAUGACAGAAGCAGCAGCGGUCUCUGCCCCGGCUCCCUCUGCUCCUGGAGAAGAAGCCAAAGAAGAGCAAAAUGAGCAAGAGGACCACCAGCCUGCAGCUGUGGUCACAGCAGAGCCUGAUGGUCCCAAGAGAAUGACAGAAGCAGCAGCGGUCUCUGCCCCGGCUCCCUCUGCUCCUGGAGAAGAAGCCAAAGAAGAGCAAAAUGAGCAAGAGGACCACCAGCCUGCAGCUGUGGUCACAGCAGAGCCUGAUGGUCCCGAGAGAAUCCUUCCAGAGAAAGUGCAGGAACAGAUUGCAUUAUCAGAGAUGCCAUGCCAGACUCAGGGAGAGCUGAGAGCCCGAGAGCAGGAAAAGCAGCUCAGGCAGCAGGUGGAAGAGCCACAGGAGAAUGGCCAGAGCAUCAAGGCAGAGCCACAGGCAGAGCUGCCCGAAGCUCAGAGUCCCAUCACGGAAGUGAAGAAGAGGAAUCAGGAAGACAUGAGAAGAAUUCAAGAGGAGAUGAAUCUCCAUCAGCAGAGGGGCGAUCAACAAAACCAGGUGAGUGAAAGAGUGGCAGCCACUCCACUCAUGAAAGAUCCUCUCUCUUGUAUUUUACAGAACUUGAUGGAACAGCUGGACACAGAGUUUCAGAAAGCUCACGCUAAGAUCAAGGCAAGGGCGAAGAGGCAGGAGGAAGAAAUGAAAAUUGUCAGAGAAAAACUUAAUCCCCUCCCUCAGGCUCUACAAAAGCAAGUGCAAGUGUUGACAUCUCACCGGGCAGCCGGCAAAGACUUCUGGCAAAUGAGUGGCAAUGAAGAGCCCCGAGGCUGGUGUGAGGCAGAGGAACUGUCCCCACCAAAGGUGCUACAGGUUGAGCAUGACCUGAAGAUGGUGCAGGAAAAGAGGACACAGUGGGGGGAGAUCUACAAGGGCUUUGUCACCAAACCUGCUGCAGCAGCAACAUUGCCUAAAGGAGCCUUUGCUCUCCAACCUGAGAAGCGGAGCCGGGGCGGUUUGCUCAUCUCCAGUGCUGACCCAGCUGCUGCUCAGCACCGGGAGAUCAAGGAUGACUCCCUGGAGCUACGGAGGAAAAUAGUGAACAUGGAAAAUCCCGUGAUGAAAUACACGGAACUGGAAUAUAUUGGCAGAGGGACUUUUGGAGAUGUUUGCAGAGCGCUUGACAAUGCCACAGGAGAACAGGUGGCCAUAAAGAAAAUAAAUCUCCAAGAACUGAGGAAGAAGGAACUAAAAGUCAAUGAACUCAUGGUCAUGAAGACAAAUGAGAAUCCCAACCUGGUCAACUAUUUAGACAGCUACCUUGUGGAUGAGCAGCGCUGGCUGGUCAUGGAGUACAUGGAUGGAGGCACUCUGAGCGAUGUCAUCAGCAAGACCUACCUGUCUGAAGAUGAGAUGGCAACUAUCAGUCGGGAGUGCCUGCAAGGCCUGGAAUUUCUUCACUCGAACCUCGUGAUCCACCGAGAUGUGAAGAGCAGCAACAUCCUUCUCAGAACCGACGGCUCUGUCAAGCUGGCUGACUCUGGCCUCUUUGCUCAGCUCACCCCUGAGCAGAGUCGACGGAGCUCAGUGGCCAGCACUUCUGGGUGGAUGGCGCCUGAAGUGGUGACAGGUCAACCAUGUGGCCCCAAAGUGGACAUAUGGUCUGUUGGAAUUGUGGGCAUCGAAAUGGUGGAACGAGAAGUUCCUUACUGGAAUGAAACUCCUGUUUCGCCUCAACUCCUGAUAGCCAUACGAGGGACACCAAAGCUGCAGCAGCCCAACCGAUUCUCGCCUUGCCUGCGUGACUUCCUGAGCUGCUGCCUGCAGACAGACGAGGCGCGGCGCUGGUCUGCCAAGGAGCUCCUGCAGCAUCCAUUUGUAACAUCAGCCAAGCCAGCGUCCACCCUGGUACCACUCAUCAACUCAGCGAAGAAGGAGAAGAAGAAGACAAGAAUUUAACAAUCAAGAUAUUAUCUCCAUAACCAAGUUAGAGUAGGAUUGUAGAGUAGGACUCUAGAGUAGAAUUGUUGAGUAAUUUUGUAGUAUAGGUUUAUAGAGUAGGAUUGGAAUUAAAUAAAGUUUCUGAAGCAUCAA